AUUGUCCUUUUAAGUCUCUACCCCUCACUUAACCAUCCAUUCCAUCCUUCCUCAACCACCCUCACAUACUCAAAACUAUUCACCAGAGCCACCACUGAAAACAUGGCCGCCACAAACGUUGGGAGGAUCAAGUUGGGUUCUCAGGGCCUGGAAGUGUCGGCACAAGGCCUUGGAUGCAUGGGGAUGUCAGCUUUCUAUGGUCCUCCAAAGCCUGAACCCGACAUGAUAGCUCUCAUCCACCAUGCUAUCAACUCUGGAGUUACCUUUCUUGACACCUCUGAUGUUUACGGUCCACAUACCAAUGAAAUCCUUCUUGGUAAGGCCCUAAAAGAUGGUGUAAGAAACAAGGUUGAGUUGGCUACUAAGUUCGGUAUCGAUUAUACUGAUGGAAAAAGGGAAAUCCGGGGUGACCCUGUUUAUGUAAGGGCUGCUUGUGAAGGUAGCUUGAAACGUCUUGGUGUUGAUUGCAUUGAUCUUUAUUAUCAGCAUCGGGUGGAUACAAGGGUUCCCAUUGAAGUCACGAUUGGAGAACUGAAGAAACUAGUUGAAGAAGGUAAAGUGAAGUACAUAGGUUUAUCCGAGGCUUCUGCAUCGACCAUUAGGAGGGCUCAUGCGGUUCAUCCAAUAACUGCUGUGCAAUUGGAGUGGUCAUUGUGGUCUAGAGAUGUUGAGGCUGACAUAAUUCCUACUUGCAGGGAACUUGGGAUUGGGAUUGUUGCUUACAGUCCUCUGGGGAGAGGGUUCUUUUCAUCUGGCCCCAAAAUGAUGGAAACUUUGUCCGAAGGUGACUUUAGAAAGUAUCUCCCAAGGUUCCAGCCAGAAAAUAUGGAGCAUAACAAACGCCUGUACGAGCGAGUUAAUGAGAUAGCAGUGAAGAAGGGAUGCACCCCAUCACAGCUUGCAUUGGCCUGGGUCCAUCACCAAGGGAACGAUGUCUGUCCCAUUCCUGGAACUACCAAGAUCGAAAACUUCAAUCAGAACAUUGGAGCUUUGUCCGUGAAAUUAACACCCGAAGAGAUGGCAGAGCUAGAAUCCAUUGCUUCAGCAGAUUCAGUGAAGGGAGACCGAUAUGGUGGCACUGUCGCAACCUACUAUGAAUCGGAUACUCCUCCCUUGUCUUCAUGGAAACCUUAAAUGAGAGCAUACUUGUUCAAAUCAAUACAAUCUUCAAGAUGAGUUAUGGACCUAAUGUAAGGCCUCUACUUUGUUUUUAGAAUAAAUUUUCUGUGAGAUUUAAUAAUAAAACGGCUUUUGGUGAUAGAUUGUGCAAGCUUGGUUGUAGCUAUAUCCACGUUUGUAAUAUGUUCAGAAUGUCGAUUCCAGGUUAAUAAAGCAAAAGUUUCUAUCAA